AUGUCAAGCAACUUGCCCAAGGUCACCCAGAUAGAGAAUGGUACCCGCCUUGCUUUAUCAUAUCCGUCUUGGAUCUGCCAGGAGCCGGGCACCCCACUGUAUGCAGAUGAGAUGGACCAGAAUAGUCCCCGCCUCCUCAGCUCAACUUUUCAAAAUCAGAGACUUUUACUACUUUGGGGUUCUCCCAAGCACAAAUGCCGAGAGUUUACCACACCUCGAGGGCGGAGAGCCACCAGGCUUGGUUUCCGAUGCCGCCUGUCGAACUUUCGAGAUGUUGAGAGGUUGGCGAACACUAAUAACGGGACGCCGGUAGCCGGGCGAGGAGGACGGCGCGGGGCAGAGCCGAGGAAAGGAGGGGCCGUUCCCGCGGGCUCCAGCUGGAGCUACCUGGAGAACUGCUUAAGCCAAGUAGAUUUGCCUGGGGAGAGCCUAUGGGGCGGGGAAGCGAGUGACCGGCCCCAGCCACGGACGCUGGACAUGGGCCUGGGCCCUGGGCUGAUGCAGAAGUUCAGCUGCCUGGGCACCGCCGACAAGGACGUGCUCAUCUCCGAGUUCCAGCGGUUGCUCGGCUUCCAGCUCAACCCGGCCGGCUGCGCCUUCUUCCUGGACAUGACCAGCUGGAACCUACAAGGAGCAAUUGGCGCCUAGUAUGACUUUGAGAGCCCAAACAUCAGUGUGCCGUCUGUGUCCUUUGUUGAUGUCACCAUAGGAGAACGGGAGUCGAUAUCCCCUUAUGCUCAAUAUAUAAAAACAUGGCGGAUCCAAAAUUCAGAUGUCAUCUGGGUCAUUCUCAGUGUGGAGGCGGGUGGACUUCUAGGAGUAGCACAGCAGCUGUCAUCUUUUGAAACGGAGUCCCACACACAGCCACAUCGCAAGGUAGAAGGAAGCUUCACCCCGUUUGCUUCUCCCCAAAAGAAACGACAGUCAGAUGAAAACAAAGACCCUGGGGGUUCCGGGUUCGACUCGAUCAGCAAAAACACAUGAGGUCCCGCGCCUGACCAAACCGAGCAAGAUGAGAGUAGACUCUCCCAGAACUCUGUAGAUCUGUCCCCCAGCAGUCACGCAAACAACUUAUCAGUCGUGACUUACAGUAAGGGGCUCCGCGGGCCUUACCCCUUCAGUCAGUCUUAAACGGGUGUCACCAAGAAGAAAAAUUAACGAAAGACACAAGGCUUGACUCUGGAAGGGGAGGGCAAGGGGUUCCUCUGGAUUGCAGACCACAUCACAGGGAC